GGUUCGUUUCGGUUUGUUGUCGAUAUUCGUUUGUCCGAUCACGCUUGUUCUAAACUAAUUUUUCACCUUCCGUGAGAGUGUCGAUUUCAAAUGCAGUCUAGUGGCUAGGAUCUCUAGAAGUUAUCGAGAGUCGUCGUACACAACUUGCCGUAUUGUGCUGGAGUGGUAAGACACGAUAGGCGAGCAUGAACGGCUCGCAAGACGUUGGAAAGCGAAUGUCGAGGCAUUCGUCACCACCUCCGAGCAAUUUUCACACCGACAACAGACUCAAUCCUCGCAAUCAUCCGACAAUACGAGAGUUAUCUCCUAAUCCGGUAGUUACAAUAGCCAGAGUGAGCGAGUCGUCAACAUUGAAAGUUGCAAGUUGGGGCGAUGGGACAGGGAGGAGUGUGAGCCCUCGCGCUUCACCGGCCCGUGAAGGUUUGCUUGGCGAGCCUACCGGAAGUACGGCGAGAAGCAUUUUACGCGCUGCGUCUCCUGGAGUGUGUGGAACUGGAACGGCGGAGGGUGAAGACAUGCCCAACGUAUCUGUCUGUGCUACCUCUGGUCAUUGCCAGGCUGGAGGUGAACUGAGACUGAGUAGACUACAGAGUCGAGGUCAACAUGUUGAUAUUCCGGAUGGAUUUGCUUUAGUAGGCAUGCGGUCACCACAGCUUGGCAGUCUCAUGGUUCUAGCUGUUGUUGAUAAAAGAUACUUGCCAGAUGAUCAAACUGGAUUUUCACUGCAGGGAUUCAGUGGUAAUUGUGUUGGAUGUGGUCGACAGGGAUUCAGGUAUUUCACCGAGUUUUGCCACCAUUGCAACAUGAAGCUGGCAACUCAACCGAAGAAGCAAAAGCAUAUUCGAUUCUAUAUUAACUGUAGCCCUGCAGGUGUGCUUGCACGAGGAGAGCCCAUUCUGUGGAGAGCUGAGGCUCGUAGAAGGACAAGCAAUACUCCGGCGCCAAAUCUACCUCGUCAGUCAACUAUGCCUCAGCAACCAGAUCCCAGCCAGUUUUCUUUACCAAUUCGUAACGAAAGCAGUGAUCAUGACGACUAUGACAUGUCACCAACCGAGGAGGAAAUGGAAAUGGAAGUACCUAACAACUCCAUGACCGACAGAUCUACGUGGUCUCCUCACAAAAGGGUGAAGACUGAGGAGAUGGAGACCAAUUCAAUUUAUCCAGUUGUUUCGACUGUUGUUGCUGCUCAUUCAAUGUCUAGCAAACCACUUCAACAGGUGGUCGGUUCUGCUAAUCUCAUAGCCCUCCGACCGUCAAAUCGAUCCCGUAGUACCGAGCAUAUCCGAAGACCUUCACCGACCGAAGAAAUAAAUUUGAACAAACGAUCCUCACUACAGUUGGACAGCUUCGAAGAAGUGUAUGGGAGAGGAAGAGGACUUAUGCCGUCUGAUUCCCCGAAAGUUCGCGGUCGUACUGGCUCGUUUGCUAGUGCUUCCGGUGUCACUUCACAAAGCCUUAUUGUUAGUCAGCCGUCUAAGCAACAGACUGUUCCAAUGUCAGCUCUUGCAGUUGCUGUCAGCUCAACGCCUUUAGUGGCACAAUUUGGUCAGACUGCUCUGCCGCUGCAACGUAAAUUUCCCGCAACUCCUGUGUUGCUGUCUUGUCAAGAAGGCGCCAGUCUUCCUGCGUCGUUGAAUCCACAUCCCAUAUGCAGCAAUCUAUUGAGCGGUUGUUUGGAUCCUCCUAAGAAGGAUCACGCUGACUCCAAUAGCGCCGACGCACUUGCCGUCUCUCUUCCGAGUGAGGCUCUAGCUCUUCUCGUUGUGAACUACUUCGCUUCGCUCCACGAGAGCGACCUAAUAAGAAGAGAAUAUGUGGAUGCCAUGAUUCACAGUGCCCGUCAUGGUGAAGCAGCCUGGGCCAAGCAGAAUCUCAAGCAACAACAUUCCAUGCUUCUCACUCACACCCAGCUACCAUUCUUAGCUCGUCUUACUGCGUACGCUUCCCAGGGUCGAGUCCUUGUAAUCACUGCAGCUUCCAUCGGUGAAGGAGUCGAAGCAGCAAUGACGAAGCUCGAAAGUGUGCGUCAUCUUCCCGAUUUUGUUAUAAUCCUUCAGGCCUCCAAAUAUUGGUCUAUCGAAGUCGGCGUGCUGGUCGUGAAUCCAAUGCAGGCUCGAGGCUUAGCAGAAGGCAAUGCUAUAGAUGCCGGUGUCGACCCCGAGACGGUCAGCCGUGGACCGAUCCGAGAGAGACAGUUUGUCCAUUUGAUUGCCUACGGCAUAGGAUCGCUUCCUGCCGGAAAGGCUCCGAUAGCGACCAUCGAUUCGUAUCUGGGUGAUUUUGCCAAGGGUUUGGCAUCGAAUCCUAGUGGUGACGCCUUCUCGCCUUUCAGCGAAGGUGAAUUAAAUUUGGUUCACGAAGAGGAUGUUAAGAAGAUGCUCGGGCGAAUAGGCAGGCGGAUGUCUCUUACGACUUCUUAUACUCUCUAUCCGGCCCAGGAAGCUGUAGCAACUCGAGUCAUGCACAGAAUCAGAUCUCUAUCCGAUACGUGUCCGCAACAUUUAGAUCUGAGUCGUUUUCAACGCGUCGAUCUCGUUAUUAUGAUACCGCCAGACUUACGUCUCUAUCAUCAGACCGUGCGACGUCUUCUUCAGUCUAGACUGUUAGACGAACUCGGUCUAUUGCGAGAUGACGAUUCCGUCCGCUUUGAAACCGCUUCUAAGCAUGUCAUAAAGGGGCAAUACAAUUCGGAAGAGUCAGCAAAAUUUGUCAGGUUCGUUGCUCGUGUGAGAAGUCAGCCUUCCACACUCUUUCUCGUCGUUCACGACGUGGCACAUUUGGGUUUGGGAAAAUUUGAGGGCGAAGCAGCCAAUAACGUGGUCGUCGACACUCGCCUGAACUGCAAAGAUUUGUUGGAAGCCGACAACGUAGUCGCUCUGCUCGUCACGUCGGUGCCUUACGCACUGCAACACUGCAAUUCGAGAGUGUCGGCGGAAAAUGAAAUUCACUGGAACGACGAGACGGGACAGUCGGAUACUUCCUCGCAGAGUUCUGUAGAGCACGAUAAGUCCCCCUACUGCGGACUGUCCGAAUGUGCUGCCGUUCUAAGCUGUACCAAACAACCGCAGUUCGUUAGACAAGAUGUAGAAUUCGAAGAUGCCGUAUCUCGCCAAUGCUCUGAUGUGAACUGUCAUGACUUGAGUGAGAGUGAGAUCAGGACUGCACUUUUGGUUCGCCAUUAUGUAUCGGGCAUGUUGGCCGCCGUUAAUCCGUUUUCUAUGCCCGCCGAACAAGCUCCGAGCAAUGCUACCCUGACAGUGCUCAACGACCUCGUUCUUCGUUGUAAUCGUAAUUUGGAAGGGCGUGGAUGUGCCGUCGUCAUUCGUCAACCUUACCUCAGACUUGCUCGCUUUCUGCAAAAAAAGCUAAUGAACGCCCGAGACAUGCUUGGUUUAAAAUUCCGUUUCGAGAUCAUUUUGGAUGACGGCAUUAGCGACAUAACGUUGGGACAGCAUUAUCUCGAAAUGCUGAGAAGAUGGAGAUUCAACUUUGACAAUAUAACCGAGAAAAAUCAGGCUCUCAAUUGGUGUCCCGAAACGUACGAAGAUUUGGAAGGUCUUCCGUGCAUUUUGAUUGUUGCCGGUGAAACGAGACUUGGCAAUACUUUUCCCUGGUCGGUUAAGUACUAUGACAUGCGGUGUGUGAACAUGGCUGGGUGUACUCGGGCCGAACUGGAGCAAGAGUUAGGAGUGGGCCAUUCCUACAUCAACGUUCCGCUUCCAACGUCUCUGUCGGUCAAAAAACAACGGAGUGAAGACGGGGCAACACGACAGCCUAUUGUUUAUCUCAUUCCGCGAUCUCUCUAUUAUCUCCUUCACACGCCUAUCAACCACGUUCACGACAAACGGCUAUUGCUGCGUCCGGAUCCACACACCGAAUGGGUCCGUCAUACCGCGCGGCGGCCGCUUUCUUCUAGCGAUCCGCACUUUGUGUCGGCGUAUUACCGGUGCUGGACACAACCGGCGAAGCGACAUUACGAUUACGGUCGCACUGCUUCAAGCACAGCAGGCGAGGAUAUGUCCGUCGCAGUCCCCAGGCAGUCGAUCAAAAGUAGAGAUGUAAAGGAUGGAUUUCAUCCAAGGAGAUUUCUUUUGUCUGGACCUCCACAGAUUGGCAAAACCGGGGCAUAUUUGCAUCUAGCUCGGCUCUUGAAUUCAACUCUGCGCUCUUUUCAAGAGGUAGAAGUCUACGACGAACCGGAGCUGCAUGUCGUCAGACGUCAGCAUCCGGGUCUUACGAUGUCUGAUUUUCCUGAUUUUCGUGUGCUGUUCUCCGUUCCUUGUGAUUUAUCGACUGGGUGUGUUUCUGCAAAUGUUGCUGUAAGCCCUCUUGUUUGGAGUGGUGCGCGUGUCUCGAUGAAUAAAGGAGACGACGUCGUACCCGACGACUACGAUCAAAGACGAGAUUCGGAAGCGGCCAGUGUUCUCGUCAGUCUCGCCGCUUCCACGGGCUCGUCUGAAAUUUCUACGCCGACUUCUGCUUCGACCAUUCCCUGUCCGUCGGGCUCUGAACGUAGUCAUGACGUGGAAGGAAGCGAUGCAAUGUCGAGACGAGGGUCGGGCAGCAGAGAGAGAGCAAGAAUUCGCUAUAGUGACUUCGGACGGGUAGCCCGGAAAACUUCUCUUGUUACCAUGUCGCUACCAUGCAGCUAUGAUGCUUUUCGUCGUGCCGAAUAUCUGAGACAGUGCCGUGAAGACAGCACAGUAGCGAGUGCAGUCCAAUAUAGUGUGACAAGUAGGCGCGGUAGUAGAGCUGUAAGUCUGGGCGGCUCCCGAUCGUUACAUCCGCUGCAGUACAGCUUGGUGGAUGGUAACGAAGUUGUCAAUUUGUACUGGCACAUUCCGUUAAGUUGGGAAGCUUACUUCUCCAUCAAUGACGGACGCCAAACAAUUUCUAGUUUGAAACUGCCUGUCGCAUCACGUACGGGUGCAUCGACAGAAGAAGCUGCGUCAAGACACGUCAAGACUCCCAUUUUCAUUCCGUCCGCGGGUCGAUAUCAGCAGGGACUCUUCAACCUUUAUUAUGCUAUGAAUCAGUUGCCUUUCGUAGCGGUGAUUGUUGUAAAGCUCAGUGAGUUGAACUUUUACGCCUGUGCAUGGCCAAACCACAUUAUAAUGGCAUUGCCGCAGUCUGCCGAACAGCUAGGAUUGGGAGCUGCAAGACAUUGGAUAAAGAAGUUCGCAACUCAGAAUUACCAAGUAGAAUGCGACCGCCACAACUGUCACACGGCUUCACUCGGCGGAAACGAAUCGACGUUUGUGUGGCCGUUUUUCAUGAUGCUGGAUGAUUCCAUUGUGAUGUGGAGAAAGCUCGACUCGACGAAAGAAAUCCCUACUUCUCUUGCGGAUGUAAUGACUCGCGUAGAGCAAGAUCCAAAUGUGACCAACUAUGCACUGGUCGGUUUUAACCAGUGGCAUUCUGGCUUGCGGCUGCGAUCGCGAGAGACGAAUUUCGCCAACUGUCAAGUUUCCCACGGUGCCGUUAUGAUAAAUUUACAAAAGACACUCGAUAUCAACUACGACAAGUAUUGCUACAGCCACUCAGAUUUGGAUUUUAAUGUUGCCGUUGGCUUAGCCGGCAUGGUCAUUUGUCGCUUCGAACAGUAUCUUUUCAUGAGAAAGCACAUCGCCGUCGGAGGAGCCAGUAAUUUGCAACUGCCGUUGAUUCAGGCUCGACGUAGUGAGCUCGACAGUAGCGAAGUAGACGUGGACCGACUGGUAUGCGCUCCCGAUGGCUCGACUAGCACACCCGUGCAAGCUCCGGCACACUUUGUCCUUGAAACGUAUCUUUCCUUGGCCGGUCCCGAUCUCUUUCCGGAUGCAGUCGGUGACACGAGCCAUCCCGUUCUUGUACCGGGACGAUUUGUUAACCUUGGUGCUAAAGUGACCGUUCAUUGCCUUGCUCUUCCUAUAACCGAGGUUACCGACACUGUCUUCAGUGGCCUUCUGCUCUACUUCAAUGACAGCCGCGUUUCUGCCAAAGGUCUAAAAGAGCUCAAGUUUUCGAAAGGAGCUCGCCUGUGUCUAAUAGACAGAGAUAGAACGACACUCCGUCAAGAGGUUGCAAGAUUGGAAAUGGAAGAUUCGUGGCGUUUACGCCUUCGUGACGAAUUUCAGACAGCUAAUAGCACGGGGCCUCCGCUUUACUUUUUGACGGGAUCUUACUCUCCGUAGCGCAAUUAACGUAUACCGUAAAUAGAGUGGCUUGUAUAGAAACUGCUACUAACGUCACGGUUAAUGUAUACUGAAGCUUGCUGAUUGUUUUUGGCAAUAGUAUAUUGUACUAGUACAGUAAACGUUAUUCAGACACGAGCGAUAAUCAUAGAUUUUUCCAAAAUUUUAAAGCA